AUGGAGGAUGCUAGAAAGGACGUUCGUGGCUCAGCCCUAAUCUUCCCCUCUCUGAGUCUUUAUUCCCACAUUGCACUUGUAGGUUUGAGCGUUUCAGAGCACGCUCAGCUCCGGCUGGUGAAUGGCUCGAGUCGCUGCGCUGGGAGAGUCGAGGUGCUUCACAACCAGCAGUGGGGAACCGUGUGUGAUGACGGCUGGGACUUAUUGGAUGCUGGAGUCGUGUGCAGGCAGCUGGGCUGUGGGACGGCGUUAUCAGCCCCAGGGGGGGCUGAGUUUGGAGAAGGGUCUGACCCCAUCUGGCUGGCUGAGGUUAACUGCACAGGGACAGAAGCUGCCCUGUCCGAAUGCAGAGCUAGUCCUUGGGGAGGCAAGAACUGUACCCACAGAGAAGAUGCCGGUGUUGACUGCUCAGGUUUGACCAUUUCGGAACACACUCAGCUCCGCCUGGUGAAUGGCCCAAGUCGCUGCACUGGCCGAGUCGAGGUGCUUCAUGACCAGCAAUGGGGAGCCGUGUGUGAUCACAGCUGGGAUAUGAAUGAUGCCAAAGUCGUGUGCAGGCAGCUGGCGUGUGGGGAAGUGUUAUCAGUCCCAGAAAAAGCUUGGUUUGGAGAAGGGUCUCACCCCAUCUGGCUGGAUGAGAUUAACUGCACAGGAACAGAAGUUUCCCUCACCGAGUGCGGGGCUAGACUUUGGGGAGACCAUAACUGUACUCAUGAAGAAGAUGCCAGUGUUGUGUGCUCAGGUAACCCUCACGUAUAGCACUCCCAGCUCCGACUGGUGAACAGCCCGAGUCGCUGCACAGGAAGAGUCGAAGUGCUUCAUAACCAGCAGUGGGGAACCGUGUGUGAUCACAGCUGGGACCUACGUGAUCCCGGAGUUGUGUAGCAGCUGGGCUGUGGGACGGCAUUAUCAGCCCCAGGAAGAGGGCAGUUUGGACAAGGCUCUGACCCCAUCUGGCUGAAUGAUGUCCACUGCACAGGGACAGAGGUGGCCAUCACCGAAUGCAGGGCCAAGCCCUGGGGAAUCCAUAACUGCACCCACGAAGAAGCUGCCGGUGUUGUGUGCUCAGGUUUAUCUAUUUCAGAGCCUGCUCAGCUCCAGCUGGUGAAUGGCCCACAUCGCUGUGCAGGGAGAGUCGAGGUGUUCCUGAGCCAGCAGUGGGGAACCGUGUGUGAUGAUGACUGGGACUUUCUUGAUGCCAGAGUUGUGUGCAGGCAGCUGGGCUGUGGGACGGCGUCAUUAGCGCCACGUGAAGCUCACUUUGGACAAGGAUCUCACCUCAUCUGGCUGGAUGAGGUUAACUACACAGGGAAAGAAGCUGCCCUCUCUGAAUGCAGGGGUAGGCCUUGGGGAGUGCAUGACUGUUACCAUGUAGAAGAUGCCAGUGUUGUGUGCUCAGAGCCUGCUAUAUCCCUUGGAGUCUGGCUUCUCCGCUCUGCCCUGGUUCUGCUCCUGCUGGGAUCUGCCCCAAUCAUCACUUGCAUCCUGAAGAAAGGAGCCCCUGCCUUCCCUGAGCCCCUGAGAACUGUCAAUGGCAGCAAGGAGCAGGCUGGAGAGGACCAAGCGAUGGGAGAGGAGUCGGUUAUAUACGCCAGUGAGUAA